AUGGUAGAUGAGGUGUCUCCGGGCUGUGACCAGGUGUUGGUGAACGGGAAGGAGAUGCGCGGGCGUCAGUCUCUGGCCGUGUACUUCAGUUACCUGCACCUGUGGGCACAGCUGCAGCUCACCGUGUGGGUUCCCAAACUGCCGUUACAGAUCGAGGUGUCGGACACAGAGCUGAGCCAGGUCAAAGGCUGGAGGGUCCCCAUCGUCACCAACCGCAGACCCACACGAGACAGCGAGGACGACGAGGACGACGAGAAGAGAGGCAAAGGCUGCGCUCUCCAGUACCAGUACGCCUUGGUGAGGGUCCUGACUCAUUUCGUAGCGGAGUCUUCGGACCCCGGCGGAGAGAUGGUCCACAUGCUGGGAUCGGACUGGCAGGCAGACAUCACACAACUGGUCCUGGAUCAGCUGAAGGUGGAGAAACCUCACAUCGCCAAACUGAUCGACGGCAGAGUCCUGGUGGGACGCGAUCUUGGCAUGACCACGAUCCAGUUUCUCGCCCUCCGUGGGCUGCGCAAGCCGCGCUGCUUGCCUCUGGUUCUGUCUCCGCUGUCGGACUCCAUCUUGGCCGAAAAGACCAUCACCGUGUUGGACGACAAGGUGACCAUCUCGGACAUGGGAGUGCAGGUGGUGUCGUCUCUGUCUCUGAGUCUGAGUUCAAGUCCAGGAAACAUCAGAGCCAUUCAGCUGACCGCCACCGCCACGGAGCUGCUGAACGCACACAAGCAGGAGGCCUUGAUCAGUGUGUGGAUCCAGUACAGCGACGGUUCAGUGACUCCCCUCGACAUCUACGACCCCAAAGACUUCCUGCUCACCGCGGUCUCCAUGGACGAGGGCGUGGUCUCCGUCAACAACAUGGAGCAGCACUGGCCAGUGGUGGUGGCAGAGGGCGACGGCCAGGGGGCGCUGUUGCGUGUGGAGAUGGUGAUUUCGGAGACGUGUCAGAAGUCAAAGAGGAAGAGCGUGCUGGCGUCUGGAGUGGGGAACGUCCUGGUGAAGAUGGGAGCCAAGCCCGAGCCCAGAGGAGGUCCAGGCCGAGGCCGGACCGAGGACAGCACCGUGGACAACCUCACCAGCGACCAGAGGAACCGCGACGGAGAGUGGAGAGCCAACAGCGUGGCAGAGGAGCGGGAGGAGGGCGCCAUGAGGAAGUUCAGCACCACGACCAAGAGCACGGUGACACAGCGGUCCUCUGGGGGGGGGAAGGCCGGCCGUGGGGGGGGUCCAGGGCAGGCGGCUGAACCAGGGAACCCAGCCCAGGUGGAGGUGCCCAGGCCUGGAGGCAGUGAGCUGGGGCACCCCAACCGCGGCCUCUCCGACCUGGAGAUCGGCAUGUAUGCUCUGCUGGGGGUCUUCUGUCUGGCCAUCCUCGUCUUCCUCAUCAACUGUGUCAGCUUUGCAUUCAGGUACCGUCACAAGCAGGUGCCGGUGCUGGAGGCCGGAGGAAACAUGAACCACGCCCACGACUGGGUCUGGCUGGGCACCGAGGGCGACAUCCUGGCGGACCACAGCGACCAGUGCCCCGCCCGCCUGCCAGACGAGUGCACCACCAUCAUCGACCGCACCGAGGGCACCUACGAGGAGAGCAAGUACCUCCUGAACGGACAGGACAACAACCUGAUGAUGGGGCCGGGGGCAGGCAUGGGCUCUGGCAUGGGCUCUGGCAUGGGCUCCGGCAUGGGCUCUGGCAUGGGCUCUGGCAUGGGCUCUGGCAUGGGCUCUGGCAUGGGCUCCGGCAUGGGCUCUGGCAUGGGCUCUGGCAUGGGCUCUGGCAUGGGCUCUGGCAUGGGCUCUGGCAUGGGCUCUGGCAUGGGCUCCGGCAUGGGCUCCGGCAUGGGCUCCGGCAUGGGCACUCUCCCCGGCGGCUCCAGCGUGGCGGGCGGUCACCGUGGUCUCGCUCACAGACAGACUCUCCCUCGGUCGGGUCCAGAGCAGCAGCGUCAGUGCGGCAGCAAAGACGGGCACCUCAGUAACUCCCCUCGAGCCGCCGCCGCCGCCGCAGCUGCCGCGAAACGCAAACGUGUGAAGUUCACGUCUUUCGCCACCGUCCUCCCCAACGACAGCAGCGGGGUGUACGCCAACACGACCGGCCUGGUGCCCAACGGCGAGGACGACAUCAAGUGGGUGUGCCAAGACGUGGACCUGAGCCAGUCUGAAAUCAGGAGCUACAUGGAGCGCCUACAGGACAAUCUGUGA